AUGCCUGUGUUCUCUCGUGUGCCGUAUCGUUAUCUCGUGUGCCGUAUCGUUCUCUCGUCUGCCAUAUCUUUCUCUCGUGUGCUGUAUCGUUCUCUCGUGUGCCCUAUCGUUCUCUCGUCUGUCCUAUCGUUCUCUCGUGUGCCGUAUCGUUAUCUCGUGUGCCGUAUCGUUCUCUCAUCUGCCGUAUCUUUCUCUUGUGUGCCGUAUCGUUCUCUCGUGUGCCGUAUCGUUCUCUCGUCUGCCGUAUCGUUCUCUCGUGUGCCGUAUCGUUCUCUCAUCUGCCGUAUCGUUCUCUCGUCUGCCGUAUCUUUCUCUCGUGUGCCGUAUCGUUCUCUCGUGUGCCGUAUCGUUCUCUCGUCUGCCGUAUCUUUCUCUCGUGUGCCGUAUCGUUCUCUCAUGUGCCGUAUCGUUCUCUCGUCUGCCGUAUCGUUUUCUCGUCUGCCGUAUCGUUCUCUCGUGUGCCGUAUUGUUCUCUCCUCUACCGUAUCGUUCUCUCGUCUGCCGUAUCUUUCUCUGGUGUGCCGUAUCGUUCUCUCGUGUGCCGUAUCGUUCUCUCGUCUGCCGUAUCGUUCUCUCGUGUGCCGUAUCGUUCUCUCGUGUGCCGUAUCUUUCUCUCGUGUGCCGUAUCUUUCUCUCGUGUGCCGUAUCGUUCUCUCGUGUGCCGUAUCGUUCUCUCGUGUGCCGUAUCGUUCUCUCGUGUGCCGUAUCGUUCUCUCGUGUACCGUAUCGUUCUCUCGUGUUCUCUCGUCUGCCGUAUCAUUCUCUCGUGUGCCGUAUCGUUCUCUCGUCUGCCGUAUCAUUCUCUCGUGUGCCGUAUCGUUCUCUCGUCUGCCGUAUCGUUCUCUCGUGUGCCGUAUCGUUCUCUCGUCUGCCGUAUCGUUCUCUGGUGUGCCGUAUCGUUCUCUCGUUUGCCGUAUCGUUCUCUCGUCUGCCGUAUUGUUCUCUCGUCUGCCGUUUCGUUCUCUCGUCUGCCGUAUCUUUCUCUCGUGUGCCGUAUCAUUCUCUCGUGUGCCGUAUCGUUCUCUCAUGUGCCCUCCGUCCCUUCCCUCCUCCCUUUCGUACUCACUUCCUUCCUCCCCCUCCUCCUUCCCUCCUCCUAUCUUCCUCCUGUCCCUCUUCUAUUCCCUCCUUGCCUACCUCCCUUCGUAUCAUCUCCCACUCCCUCUUUUCCCACUCUCCUGCUCCUAUGACCCAGUGCAAACCUUCCCCUGCCAUCCUUCACUGUACUGCCUCCCUCCUUACCAGCUACAGAUACACAAGGUGAUUGAGUCAACUCAAAAGUCACCAUCCUUCACUCACAGUCUCCCUCCCUACCCCAGCUACAUCGACACGUCAUCCACCUCCCUCCCUCACUGCGCCUCCCUCCCUCACUGCACCUCCCUCCCUCACUGCACCUCCCUCCCUCACUGCACCUCCCUCCCUCACUGCACCUCCCUCCCUCACUACACUGCAAUCCCUUUCCCGUCUCAGCGAUAUGGUCACCUCAUCUGUGUGUCAUCAUGCUCCCACCGCUCGCAUACCCAUCCAACACUAAUCCUCCACACCCCGCAACAAACCUCCCUCACAGCUAUUUCCCUUCUUGCAUUGCAUCUUGAAACACCCGUCUUCCGUCAACCACUAGCAAUCUCCCAAGGCCAGCUCAUCGCGAUGAGUGCCGAGUGGAGCAUCGUGGGCCAUCCACCGCCGCUGCUGGGGGCAGAUCACUGCAGUUUUGGAGCGCCGUGUGAGGCGCCGUGUGGAGCGCCGCAUGGAGUGCCGUGGGCCAUCCACCGCCGCUGGAGCGCCGAGUGGAGCGCCGUGAGGUACAGCAUCGCGAUGAGCGCCGCCGCUGUUGGGGCAGAUCACUGCAGUUUUGGAGCGCCGAGUGGGGCGCCGUGUAAGGCGCCGUGUGGAGCGCCGAGUGGGGCGCCGUGGGCCAUCCACCGCCGCUGGAGCGCCGAGUGGAGCGCCGUAAGGUACAGCAUCGCAAUGAGUGCCGCCGCUGCUGGGGGCGCCGAUUGGAGCGCCGUGGGCCUUCCACGGCCGGUGCUAGAGGCAGAUCACUGCACUUUUGAGAACACCCAAUGCAGUUGGGGGUAG